CAAAGAAUGAAUGGGAGAAGGAAGUAGAAAUAAUACAACACUGAUGGUAUGAAAAGUGCAGGCUGGGAUUUAAUUAGAAAUUGAAGCCUGAAUGAAGUGCUUGGCGGUAGGCAGAAGUUUCCUAACGAAAAAUGUCACAGUCUCUGUCAUGGCCUGUACUGAUGGCAGUGCAUAACCUCUUCCUUGGCUUGCAAAACAGUGCAAGAAACUGUACAGUGGCUCAGCUUUUCACAGUCUUGACUUAAGUGGGGAGAGGGAAGGAGACUGAAACACUCGAUCCAAAGGAGCCACCUGUAACGUGUCCCAAAAUAAUGCUCUCCUUGUACUGGAAUCUUUGCCUAGUAGACUUUUUCCGCAGAUUUGUUGCCUUUACGUUUUAUCACUUUCUCUGUGCCAGGUUGAGUAACCCAGCAUUGGAGGUAGCCGUGCUCUGAGCAGGGGUCAGGCCAUGUGACCUGCUGGGAACCCUACCAAACUAAAUUAUUCCUUGAUUCUGUGAAACUGUUUGGAAACAAGGGUGACAGUUCUGGGUCUGAUAUGUGGCACCAAGUCUGAUGGCUCCAUGUUCCCAGAAACCCAUUGGUGGCUGGCCUGGCAGAGGGCUGCGGAAAGGUUCCAAGAGGAGCUGCUUGGACUUUGAGGAGCAUGGCUAGUGGCUGGCACUGCAAGGACUUUAAAACCCUGGACUUUCUGAACUGCUGGAGCUGAAAGCCAACUGCGAGAUUAUUCAAAGGUACAAGUGCUUAUGCGUUAGCAAAGAAGAUGGUUUCUCUUGGUCAGUAUGUAAAGAAGCUCUGGAAAGUAAGAUUUGAACUCUACUUUAGAUGGGAAAGCAGGAUGUUGCUUGAGACUUGAUCUCCAAAAGCAGGCAGGAGCAACGUGCAGAAUGCCAACCUAGCUGCUGAGGAUCUUCUAUUCAACAUGUGCACCCAUCCCUUCAACAUGUGCACCCAUCCCUGCAUAGACCUGUUUGCCAGCUGGGCUAACAAGAAGCAACCCUGCAUGACAAGGAAACCUGCAUGGGUGUCAACAAUCAAAGUUACAUAUGUGAAACGGGCCACUGUUGUGGACAAUCCCAGUGUUGCAACUACUACUAUGAACUCUGGUGGUUUUGGCUGGUGUGGACCAUCAUCAUCAUCCUCAGCUGCUGUUGUGUUUGCCAUCACCGACGCACCAAGCAUCGUCUCCAGGCCCAGCAGCGGCAACAUGAGAUCAACCUGAUCGCUUACCGGGAAGCCCAUAACUAUUCAGCCCUGCCAUUUUAUUUCCGGUUUUUGCCAAAUUAUUUACUACCUCCCUAUGAGGAAGUGGUGAACCGACCACCGACCCCACCACCACCAUAUAGUGCCUUACAUCAGCAGUGCGUCCCAGCAGGCAGCAGUAGCACAAUCCCGGACACGCCAAGAAACCUGCAGCCAGCACAGAGCAGCUCAGCAGCACCCAGUGGCAAUAACAGCAGUACUGACAACACCAGGUCCCCAGGCCUUGGGGACCCUGAGCCCUCCACCACCACGCUGGUCGAGCGACCAGUUGCCAAAAUGCAAAGCAUUGAGCCCGGCGGUACCAGUACAGGAGCCGAGCUAGUGGAGAGGGCCGGUCCCGAUAAGGAUACGGAGUGCAAGGAGGAACUGCUAAAAGGUUACAGCUCUGAGAGCUUAGAGCAGAGCAGCGCCAUUCCCGACGUGAAGGACAAGACGCCGGGCAGGCAGCGCCGUUUCACCGGUGACUCAGGCAUCGAAGUCUGCGUAUGCAACCGGGGCCAUCAUGACGACGACCUCAAGGAGUUCGACGGGCUCAUCGAUGAUGCUCUGGACGGGCCCCUGGACUUCUGCGACAGCUGCAGUGGCCGCCCCCACGGGGACGAGGAGGAAGGGCUUUUUAAUGCCGUGGAAGAGCAGCACCGUGAACACAGCCACCACCACCUGCCCCGGCAGCCGGUGUGUGUACUCUUGAACACAAUAAAUGAGCAGGACUCUCCAAACUCUUGUACCAAUAACUCCCCCAGCUAAGGUGGCAGAAUGAAAGGGAGAAUCGGGGGAAAAUACAAAGAAAUAAAAGUGGAAUAAGAGGAUUAAAACUUUAACAGGAGGAAAAGGUGAUACAAUCUUCUUUUUUUAGUUCAUUUUUCUUUCUCCCCUCCAAUAUAAUUCGGGGACUAGUCCUCGAAGGCCCGGCUUGCAGGGGACGGGUCGCUCUGGGUUUUGUUAAUCGUGUCCAUCCUGCUCUGCGGGGCAGGGACUGAUGUUUCUCAAUGAGACCUUCUAACAAAUGGAAUUUUCCCAAUGGUGAUUUUGGUGAUGGUUAUUACGAGUUUGUUGGUUUUAGUUUUCUGAAACACUGCUUUAUCUCGCAAUCAGUAAAGCUCAGCAAAUCUCACCCUGGGAGGAUGCAAAAUCACCGUAAGGCUUCAACCUCCAGGUGUCUUCCCAGAAGCAAGCAGCUUCUGACAGGGCCGGCAGUCAGUAGCCCAAGAGUUCUGGUUUGAUAUAGUGCUCUUGAGGCAUUGGGGAUUUAUUUUCAUUUUAGUUUGGUGGGGUUGUUUUUGUUUGUCUGUUUGGGGGUUUUUGGGGUUUUGGGUUUGUUUUUUUUUGGUGUUAAGUUUUCCUGAAGCUGAUGAAUGCCUGAACACAUCAGCCCUAUAAUCUCUGGUGCUUCAGUGUUUAAGACAGCAGGUAGGAAAUUUCCCACUUGAAGCUGGUGACUGAAGGACCAGUUUCUUCCAGAAGGAGUGUUAGUCUACCAUAAGCAGUUUGAAAAUAAAGGGUUUGCAGAAGUUUGCCUUUAUAUGUCAUUUUUAAAGACAAGUGUAUUCCUUCAAUGCCUCUAAGAGCACAGUUAGAAGUAGAAUCCAGGCAGCUGGGCUGCCUUCCAAGUACUGUGGUCUCCGAAUGACCUUCUCCCGGUGUGCUGCAAAAGGGCUUGGCUUUAUGUUUUUCCUUUUUUUGUACCCUGAGAGCAGCACACUUGAGUUAAGAUGACAAAAAAAGAACAGGGCUCUCUUUGGCCAGCGUGCCUUCAAGCUUCAGCGAUGCAUGUUGAACAAAUGGAGACGAGAGCUCCGUCCAUUGCAAAGGGAUGACUUACCAUGUAGAUGUGGAAGACCUGUGCAGUAUUUUUUUUUUUUUUGAUCCAAAAGUUUGGUGCGAUUCUCAUGUUGACCACUUUAAAGAAAUGAAUGUCUGUUCUCUUUUUCUUUCUCUCUCUCUCUCUUUUUUUUUUUUUUUUAUGGUGGCAACUGGCUACUGUAUAAUGUCUGUGAGCGUGUGUGUGUGACUGCAAUCCAUGCAUGCGAGUCCUACUGGUAAUAUGAAAGCCUGCUGUAAGACUGCAAGAAAAUUUACUGUAGCUUUGCUUUAAUAAACGGUAGAGAUUUUGUUAGUAACAACCUGAAGGAAAAAAAAAAAACAAAGAGCUGAAACUAACAUUCCCUAGAGUGCUCGUGUGGAAGAGAGCACAGUUCAGACUAUGUAUCUUGUUCUCGGGUUUUCUCCCCAUCCCUUUUAUAAUUAUGAUCGCCCAGAUCAUUACUGUUAUGGGGAAAAAAAAUUGAAAACUGAACACAGACAUAUAAAGAUCUGAUUGAUUGAAAACCAAAAUCAGUUUUAAAUAAGGUGGAAACCAAAAUAUAAUGCCUUUUCUGAUAA